AUGAGCCACCACAAAUUUUGGAGAGGCAUCGAAGAAUUGAAGGUUUCCUCGUCUCUGGAUGUCCCCGAAAAAAUUGUGAAAAUUUGUUCCCUUGGCGCAGACUUUAUUGCUCUAGGCAAUGACCAUCGCCUCUAUUAUUGUAAUAUUGAAGACGAUAUUUUAAAUUUUAAAAGAGAGAAUGGUAUAACUGCAAUUGACAUAUCCUAUCACAAUGAUAUCCUGUAUAUUAUUAAUGAACAUGGAAGACUUUAUAAAACAAACACACAUUUUAAGAAUAAAGAAGAAGUAGUUGUCAAAGAAGAAUCAAAGUGCUGUCCACAUGGUUUUAAAAGUAGUAGUUCUAAAGUAAAGUUUAGAAAUGUUGUGUCAAGUGGCUUCGGCCAACUCUUUAUAAGUAGUGAUGGCCAUCUCUGGGGUUCAGGGGACAUGCCACAAAUUGGCUUAGAAUCAUCUAGUAUUAAGAAAGUUCCAUUUUUUGAGGGUAGAACAGUUUAUAGUGCAUCAAUAGGAGAUAACUUUGCAGCUGUUAUAGCACGUAAAGAUGUGAGGCAAUCAGGUAAUUGUGAUACAGACAGUGAUAAUGAUGAUGAAGAGGUAUUUGCCUCAAAUUGCUCUCAAUGUCAAACUAUUAUUGGCCUAGCAUCUCCUGCCUCUGUGCCGUCUCUCUCUGAAACAUGUCCAUUGGGAGUUCAUAUAAGUAAAUCUAGCGAAGAUUCAAGUAGUACAACUGCUCCUCAAACUGAUGUACACGUAGAUGCUCAAAGUUUUACAGAAGAUUCUAGUCCUUCCUCUGAGGAAUCAAAAAUUAUCAAAAAAGAUUUCCCUAUCCAUGUUAGUAACAACUUAGAAUUAGAUAGUAUAUCAAAACACAAUGGAAAUGAGGCUACCAAUACAGAUGGUAAUGAAUCUUUGGAUACAAGCACAGAGAAACUAAACAAUAUUUUUAUCAACACAGAUGCAGCAAGACAAUUUCUUAGUAGGCAGCUAUCGUGGGUUUCUGCUGGUGAAGACUACUUAGUAGAAUAUACAGAGAAGCCAACAAGAAUUAUAAAAGAGAAUGUUACAAAUAUUACUAAUUUUGUUUACGAAGGAGUUAAAACUGUCGGUGAUAAAGUUGCAACAUUAUCAAGGCAUGUCAGUGGUAGCAGUGACAAUAAUGAAGCAGUGGAUAUUCAACAUCCUAAUUGCAAUGAUGACAUGAUAAGUUCACUGUUAUACAGUUGUAAUUCUGCAACAAAAUCUGAGGAUUUGCAAUUUUCAACUAGCACAAUUAAUAGUGAAAAGGAAUUUGAAGUGGCAAAAAAAGAUGAAGCUCUUAAAAAUAUGUCUAAACUUGGAAAAAAUAUUUUAGCAACAGAACUUUGGACAUGGGGUGACAUAACUCAUGGACAGUUAGGUAUAGGAGACACAGUUAAAAGAGUGAAGCCAAUGGCUGUAAUGAGUCUAUCUGGUUUUGGUCUACAAAAAGUUUCUUGUGGUAAUUGGCACUGUGCAGCAUUAACAUUAGAUGGAAGAAUAUUUAUGUGGGGCUAUAAUCAUUUUAAGCAAGUCUGUUUAGAGUCAAGAGAUUAUAAGAGUAGUCCCACACAAUUUACUGAAAAUUCAGACAGUGAUCGCAUCAGAGAUAUGAUAGCAACUGAUAAUCAUACUCUAGCUUACACUCACAAUGAAAACAUUUAUUAUAUGGGAAAACAUACUGAUGGCUAUACAGAUGUUAUUGUGAACUUAAAUGAAAACUUGAUGGAAAAUUCUAAUGAUCAGGAAACUGAAAAAACUGUUAAGAUAAAGGAACCCCAAGUUUUUGGGGAAUCGCAAAACUUGUGCUAUCAUUGGAGAGUGUUAUCUAGUGGAACAAUAAGUUACUGCUCUAUAGAAAAGUUAACAAUAUGCCCUGAAUUCCAAAACCUGUCAAUUGCUCAACGUUAUUUGGAAGAAAUGCUCCUAAUAUAUCACUUACUUAUCAAGCCAUUCCUUAGAAAAAGUAAAGCAAUAACUGCACAUUCCAAUAUAUAUGAAACUGUUUGUGAUAUUUUUAGUGACAUAUUAAAUCUAACAGCAUUAAAUGUUCUAUCAACUUGGCAGUAUGCUGAAAAACAUAUAAAUGAAUGUGAUAUCUCUUUAAUAAAAAAUUUAGAAGAGUAUAUUUAUUUGUACAAAAAGUAUUACAUAGCAGUAAGCAAUUUAAUUGUUAUAGGCGGUUUCGCUCAAAUAAAUAAUAUUGUUGAUGUACCUACAAAUGUUUACAAUAUGUUUAGUGAUCAGUUACCUACAAAUAAACAGAAAAAUAAUAAAAAAACGUCAGAAGCUGUAGUAAGCCUGGCAUUUAUCCAGCCCUUGGUCCGGUUAAGCUCUUAUAAGUGCAUUGCUCAAUCUUUAUUGCGCUGUAUAACUAAAAAAAAGAAAUGUGAAACUAAAACAAACAUUGAAGAGAAAUUAACAAAGGUGAUUACCACAUUAGAUUCCUUAAUAGAAGACCAGGAAAAAAGGAGAAAAGAAGCCGAUAUAACUAAAUUAUUUUGGGAAACAAUAGGGAAAAGUUUGGAACAGUAUAGAACACCGGAACGAAGAUUGAUACGGGAAUCAAAAUCAAAACAGCUUAAUCUUGUGAACCCUGGUCGAUUUUCCUCCCAUUGGUUCAUUCUAUUUAAUGAUUUAUUUGUUCAUGUGAAUGGAAGCACACCAAUACUUCAUCCCUUAGAAACAUUAUGGAUUGACGCGUCACCGAAUGUAGAUAUUCAAAAUGGGAUACAAAUCACUACCCCUGAGGAAAUAAUUUCAGUUUCGACUAAUUCGGAACAUGAGAAAACUGAGUGGAUACAUGUUUUGAAUGCAGCCAUAAAAUCAGUGUUGAAGAAAGACACCUCAUUCAAGCCACCGACAAUUAGAAGUGGCAGUUACGUGUUUUCUAGCAAGAGUUUAUUUUACAAAGACGCGAAGUACGUCGGCCGAUGGCUGGAUGGCAAAUUGCAUGGUCAUGGAAGAGUCGAGUGGCCAGAUGGGAAAAUCUACUGUGGCCAAUUUCAAAUAAAUACAUUAUGUGGUCAUGGAAAAAUGGAUAUACCAGGAGUAGGUAUUUAUGAAGGAAGAUGGAAAGAUAACGUUCAAAAUGGCUACGGUAUUAUGAAGUACGCAUGUGGCGAUAUUUAUGAAGGGUACUUUAAAGACGGUCAUCCUCAUGGUCACGGUGUCAAAAAACAGGGAGAUUUCACAUCGUCUUCCGCAACAAUAUAUACAGGCGAAUGGGUUGGGGGAGCAAAACAUGGGUAUGGAGUGAUGGAUGAUAUUGGGAAAGGCGAAAAAUAUUUGGGUAAUUGGAGUGAUAAUAAGAAGCACGGCUGCGGCCUUAUCGUAACCCUCGACGGUAUUUACUACGAAGGACUAUUUACACAAGACAUUCUCACGGGCCAUGGAGUAAUGGUUUUCGAAGAUGGAACAAAUUAUGAGGGGGAAUUCAGGGCAGCCGGUGUUUUUUCUGGAAAAGGAACCUUAACAUUCUCUAGCGGUGAUAAAAUAGAAGGAUCCCUUAAUGGUGCCUGGACUGAAGGUGUCAAAAUAUCUAAUGGAGUGAUGCAUCUUAAUGUUUCUAACCCGGCCAUGCCUCCAAACUCAAAGCCGAACUCUUUCGGAAAACUUAGCGUUGCGCCAAAUCAAAAAUGGAACGCGAUAUUCCGACAGUGUUUCCACUGUUUGGGCGUUUCCGAAACGAUCCUAACACCAACCGGCAAUCACUUUACCAAUGGCCCGUGCCCCACUUUCGACAACGUGAAGAUAUGGCAAAAUGUCGCCGUGGCUAUAUCGUGUUCACAGAAACAUAUCCAGACUCCGAAGAAAAACGGGUCGGAUUUAGAAAAAUCAGUCGAUUGUUUAGAACUUAUACCGCAUUUUGGCCAAAAAACCCUCACCUUUUAUGACUAUACGGAGUUAAAGCUGUAUUUACAAAAUGCCUGCGAAACAACCCACCAUCCUCUCGGUCAGCUAGUAUUAAACGUCACAAAUGCUUUUAACACGACUUACGGUGGUGUCAGGGUACAUCCCCUACUUCUGAGCCAUGCGAUCAAAGAACUAAAGUGUAUUACCACGAGAUUGUACCAAGUUGUUAAGCUUUUGUUCCCGGCGUUGCCCGGAGAGGACACUGAUGUUGUUUUACCGUACGAAGAGCGGGAGGAAGAUGGAAAUCCUAUCGAGGGUGAAGUGGUAUCAGCGGCCUCCCUACUCCAACCCACUCUCUUACCGCGAGUGCACCCGGCACUGUUUGUAUUGUAUGCGCUUCACAAUAAACGGGAAGACGAUUUGUACUGGCGAAGGCUGAUGAAGUGGAAUAAGCAACCCGAUACCACUCUUAUGGCCUUUUUGGGGAUUGAUCAAAAAUUCUGGGCAAAAAGCACCCACCAUUCUCCCACCUACUCGCCGAUGAAGGAGCAGCUGUUCCAAGAUGCUGUAGAGACUCUUCAGCAGCUCAAGACCACGUUCUCUCCUAUUGAGAAGCUGCUCGUCAUCAGAUCCACCUUUCAAAAGAUGACGGUUGCUGUACAACAGGAGUUAGGAGCCCAAUAUCUUUGGAGUAUGGACGAUCUAUUCCCAGUAUUCCACUUUGUGGUGGUGCGCGCGCGCAUCCUUCAAUUGGGUUCAGAGAUUCACUUUGUUGAAGAUUUUCUUGAACCAGCUAUGCAACAUGGUGAAUUGGGACUCAUGUUUACUACGUUAAAGGCAUGCUACUUCCAAAUUCUUCAAGAGAAAAUGUCUAUGAAUUCUUAA